UUUGAAAAGAGGUCACGGAGGCAAUUUAAAAUUAAUCGUUUGAUGAGAAUCGUUAUUACUGGUUUCAAUCCACAAGAAUCUCUCGAUUAUUCAAAUAAUACCCUAUUUUAAACACACAUAAUUUCCUGUUUGCCUGUGGCUGAGCAGGCCUACAAACUCCCACGCCCGCUGCGUUGCGGUCGUACACUGAGUCAUGAGGGUUUUGCUUUGAUUUCCCCGAUGCCUUUUUCCAAACGCGUUCUUCGUUUAAGAGUAUUUUGUCCUUUACAGCAUCCCUCCUGGAGUUCAUGCUUUGUCAGCUGACAGCGGUAGCGGAGUUUGAGAGUUUUUCCUUGGAAAGAUAUCCUGUAUUUACUUCUGCUGCGGUGGCACCGGUGCAGUGAAAGUCAACAGUUCACACCGUUCAGAAAUUCACACUGACAUACGCAAAAAAAUAUGUUUUUUCCCCCCUUGCGUUUGUCCAAAAGUAAGAAACCUAAAUAAUAAGACUGCGGUUGAGCUGGUAACAGGUGCGAAUCACAACAGAGCCACAGGAAUGAACGAUGGCAUCAGUGAGAGUGGCUGUCAGAGUCAGGCCGAUGAAUCGGCGGGAGAAGGAUUUAGAUGCCAAAUUCAUAAUUCAGAUGCAAGGGAACAAAACUUCAAUAACAAACAUAAAGAUACCAGAGGGGAUCUCAGGAGAUUCUGCAAGAGAAAGAAUCAAGACAUUCACAUAUGACUUCUCCUAUGACUCAGCUGAUAAUAAACAUGCAAACUAUGCAUCUCAGGAAAAGGUUUUUAAAGAUCUUGGCUCUGAUGUCCUUAAAGCUGCUUUUGAAGGUUACAAUGCCUGCAUAUUUGCCUAUGGCCAGACUGGAUCAGGAAAAUCCUAUACAAUGAUGGGAAACCCGGGGGAUCAGGGUUUGAUACCUCGAAUAUGCGAAGGGCUGUUCAGCCGCAUAGCCGGAAUGACAAGGUGGGAUGAGGCUUCCUUUCGGACUGAAGUCAGUUACUUGGAAAUUUACAACGAACGCGUCAGGGACUUGCUCAGGAGAAAAUCCACCAAGACCUACAAUCUGCGAGUACGAGAACAUCCAAAAGACGGACCUUAUGUUGAGGAUUUGUCAAAACACCUGGUUCAGAAUUACAGUGAUGUGGAGGAGCUCAUGGAAGCUGGAAAUAUUAACCGAACCACUGCCAGUACAGGGAUGAAUGAUGUUAGCAGCAGGUCCCAUGCCAUUUUCACCAUCAACUUCACUCAGGCUAAAUUUGAUGCCGAAAUGCCCUGUGAAACAGUCAGUAAAAUUCAUUUGGUGGAUUUGGCUGGCAGUGAGCGAGCAGAUGCCACAGGUGCUACAGGAGUAAGGUUAAAAGAAGGAGGAAACAUUAACAAAUCACUUGUCACUCUGGGAAAUGUCAUUUCUGCUUUAGCUGACUUAUCUCAGGAGGCUGUGAGCUCCCAUGUAAAGAAGAAACAGGUUUUUGUGCCUUAUAGAGACUCUGUAUUAACAUGGCUGUUAAAAGACAGUCUUGGUGGAAAUUCUAAAACUAUCAUGAUUGCAACUGUCUCACCUGCUGAUGUCAACUAUGGGGAGACAUUAAGCACACUUCGCUAUGCAAACCGAGCCAAAAACAUCAUCAAUAAGCCAACCAUUAAUGAAGACUCCAAUGUUAAACUAAUCCGUGAGCUGCGGGCUGAAAUAGCACGGUUAAAAGCACUGCUAGCACAAGGCAACCAGAUUGCACUUUUGGAUUCUCCUACAGCUUUAAGUAUGGAAGAGAAGCUUCAUCAAAAUGAAGCCAGAGUAAUAGAGCUGACAAAGGAAUGGACAAACAAAUGGAAUGAAACUCAGAACAUACUUAAAGAAGAAACUCUUGCACUGAGAAAGGAAGGAAUUGGUGUGGUUUUAGAUUCUGAAUUACCUCACCUUAUUGGCAUUGAUGAUGACCUGCUGAGCACCGGUAUUAUACUCUACCAUCUGAAAGAAGGAAGAACAUAUGUUGGUCGUGAUGAUGCUGCAACAGAGCAGGACAUUGUUCUUCAUGGUCUUGAUUUGGAAAGUGAACAUUGUGUUUUUGAAAACCUUAAUGGCACUGUAACUCUAAUACCUCUGAAUGGAGCUCAGUGUUCAGUGAAUGGAGUACAAAUAAUGGAACCUAUCCAGCUCAACCAGGGUGCUGUCAUACUGCUUGGAAGAACUAACAUGUUUAGAUUUAAUCAUCCCAAAGAAGCAGCUAAACUCAGGGAGAAGAGAAAGAGUGGACUACUUUCCUCCUUCAGUUUGUCUAUGACAGACCUUUCAAAGUCCUGUGAAAAUCUGUCAGCUGUCAUGCUGUACAAUCCAGGUCUCUUCACUGUAAAGGGACCAAUAUGUCUAAGGCUGGAAUUUGAAAGACAACAGCGAGAGGAACUAGAAAAGUUGGAGAAUAAAAGGAAACUGAUCAAAGAGAUGGAAGAGAAGCAAAAGUGUGAGAAGGCUGAACUGGAGCGCAUGCAGCAGGAGGUGGAAUCCCAGCGCAAAGAGUCAGAGCAGGUACAACUGCGCAUCAGGAAACAGGAGGAGAGCCUCAAGCGAAGGAGUCAAGACAUUGAGAGCCGGCUGAAGGAUCUGCUUGCUGAAAAAGAGCGGUUUGAGGAGGAGCGACUGCGGGAGCAGCAGGAGAUGGAGCUGCAGAAGAAGAAACAAGAAGAGGAGAUCCACAUUCGUGUGCAAAAGGAGCAGGAGAGGCUGCAGGAGAUCCACCAGAAGGAGAAGGCAGAGAAGAUGGAGAUCUUCCGUGAGCUAGAGAAGCUGAAGAGGGAGAGGGAUGAGCAGUCCAUCAAGAUGGAGCUAGAGAAGAGGAGACUGGAGAAGCAGGAGCAAGAGCAGCUCAGCUUGGUAUUUCGACUUGAGGAACAGCUGCGGGAGAAGCAGGAAAUGAUCAGAUUGCUAAAAAGGGAUGAUGUGCAGAGGGUGGAGGAGGAGAAAAGGAUCUUGGAGGAAAUCCGAGGAGUUCUCCUCAAGGCAAAGGAGGCUCGUCCAGACGGAGACGAAGAACAUGACGAUGUUAAGAACGCCAAGCAGAGGUACAUGAGCUUCAAGAUGAAGCAGUUGGAGCAGCUUCAGCUCUUGGAGCAGAGACUGCUUCAGCAGAAAGACCACCUGGAGAAGGAUAUCUCCAGCGAGCGGAAGGCUCUAGGCCAUCUCCUCCGAGUGCAUGAAGAACACCAGAAAGUGCUGAGAGAGACACAGGAAAAAGGAACUCUGGAUGCAACCAAUGUUGCCCAGGAGAAAGAGCGGAUUAAGCAAGCUGAGCAAAGGUUACAGUACAAAGAACGCCAGCUUCACUGCCUCACUGAAAAUCACCUUCCCACCAUUACAGAGGAGAAGCAGAGGUCUGCUGAAAUUGUGGAGAAGGGUCUUCCAGGGCUGGACAACACCUUGUACCAGAUAGAGAAGGAGAUUGAAGAAAAGGCAGAGCAGCUGGCGCUUUACUGUGCCAGCGCUGACCAGCUGCAGCAACUUCAGGAGACAUAUGAGUUCACUGCCAAUGUUGCUCGCCAGGAAGAGAAGGUGCGCAGGAAAGAGAAAGAGAUCUUGGAGUCUAAGGAGAAGCAGCAGAGGGAGGCUCUAGAACAGGCUGUUGCGAAGCUGGAGCGCAGGCACUCAGCUCUGCAACGUCAGUCAACUAUUGAGCUGGAGAUCGAGGAGCAGAAACGGAAGCUGGCUUCAUUGCACCACAGUGAAGAACAAGUGGGGCUGCAGGCCAGCCUGGAAGCUGAGCAUAAAGCACUGGAGCAAGACAGAGAGAGACUGGAGCGUGAAAUUCAGCAACUCAAACAAAAGAUCUGUGAAAAUGAUGGUGCUUUGAGAAGUCUCUACACAGGAAGUGAUGAAAAGUCAAGUCACAGCAGCUCACCCGUGAGCCCUAAACAGUCCCUGCCAACCCUGAUUCCAGUGGUGGAUGACAGGAUCAAUGCAUACAUUGAAGAAGAAGUGCAAAGGCGGCUACAGAAAUUGAAUCAGACCAAUGGUGACAAUAACAUUGAGCUUUCGCUGUCAACAGAAACAUUGAAGGAAGAAGAACAGUCUAGUAAUGAUGGAAGCUCUCUUAAACUGACAGAUGAGGAAGAUGAAAAAUCUCAUAAUGGUGUUGACCCACGUAAACAAAAAUAUGAGCAGUGGCUUAUUUCUCGUCCUCUGGGACCCAGCCCAUACAGCCUGAAGGACCCAGUUAAAAUUAGUAUUCCACGCUAUGUUAUGCGUGGACAAGGGAAAGAUGAGCACUACGAAUUUGAAGUAAAGAUCACAGCCUUGGAAGAAACGUGGACUGUGUUUAGAAGAUACAGUCGUUUUCGCGAAAUGCACAAAACACUCAAAUUGAAAUAUCCAGAGCUUGCUGCUUUAGAGUUUCCUCCAAAGAAGCUCUUCGGAAACAAAGACGAGAGGGUAAUUGCUGAAAGACGGACUCACCUGGAGCUGUACCUCAGGAACUUUUUUAAAGUGAUGCUCGAUUCUCCUACAUCUCCCCUGCAUGCAGACAAAACUGGCCUGCAGUUGUCAAAGCACACCAUCUGCGAGUUCUCCCCAUUCUUCAAGAAGGGCGUAUUUGACUACAGUAGCCAUGGAACUGGCUGAGUGUGAGCCCAGGGGAUCUGUGCCAGUGGAGAAGGAUCAAAAAGCAGUGCCUUUCCUUAUCUACAUUUUAGAUUUGCAAGACCACUAAUCUGUGAACAGAAUUAAAAUGAUCUGGCAUGGUGGGAAUGUAUGAGACAGUUUGACCCAUCUGGAAGUUUUAAAAUGUUUUUUUUUUCCUAUCAUGGAGAACCAACACUUCCCCGAAUGUAAGACAUACAAGCACUCCAGCCUAAUUCACCCUGAGAAGGGUGCACUUCUAUGGGAAAUGACAGCUGUUGCCCUUUAUAGCGACAAAGGCGGCAGAAUUUUUGCAUUUUUAUGUGCGGUAUUUACUGCUGUUUGGAAUUUACCAUGAAAGUGUCUGAGGCUUCAGUAUUUAUUCUGCUGCCGUAUCUUACAUGAUUGUUGAGCACUGCCUGAGUCAAGCGCUGUGCUCUGUAGUGGCGAUGAGCUGCUUUUAAGCUGUCGAGACAAUUCGUCUCCCUCCUGAAACAUAUGAGCACCCUGAUCCAUUUUCUUUCUGCAGUGCAGCUGGGGAGAAAGGUAGGGGAGCUUUGUGCAUUUUGUGUGAAAGCAGAAAAGAACUGCAUAGAUUCCCACAGCUUUUACUGAAUUAAAGGUUUCAAAUAAAAUUAGUGCUUAAGUACUUAAACCACUUAUUUGAUACAAAUAUGAGAGUAACUGGAGUCUAAAGAUGAAUAUAAUAAAAAAUAACCAGAAACACUGAUAUAUUAUAAAUGUCAGUGUUGCAGAAAUUAAUCUGCCACUUUUUUUUAAUUGACUUCAGAUCCUUAUGCUGCAUCUUUUACUUCUGCUUCUCAAUCUCGUCAAUAAUCUGUGAAAGGGCUCCGAUGUUUGCAAAUAACAUUUAAGGGAAUGUCACUAAAAUGGCAUAUUAAACUGUUUCACCCAUGUCUGGAAGUAACUCUGUAUUCCUAAUGAUUCUCUUGCUAAGCUACAGUAACUUAUAUCAAAUCUCAUUGACAUGUUACUGUUGCCAAGGAAACUGACCGUGCAGGCAGUAGAGUACUGUACAGCUGUUAGAUGGGAAAGUGAGAGACUAAAGGUGCUUACAGUAGCUUUUACUUUGGGUGUUUUUCAGAUUUUUACCUCAGCUUUACCACAAAUUAUCACCUCUCUUUAAAUAAAUGUGCUAUGGCUGUAAAUAUAUUAUAAUAAAACCAGUCAAUAUUAAUUCAACCUUUUCGGAUUAGUUUUCUGUAAUAUUAUAAUAAAUGUGAAGCUGAAAAUGAGUCAGUUCUUUUAAAGUUUCACAAUAGCAUGCCUGGAAAAGCGUCCAAUAUAUAUACUGUAUAUUUUUAUUUUGUGUUAUCCUGGCAUCGGCAUACUAAGAAAGUUCUGCAACCCCAGCUCUAAGAUUAUAGCUGUUCAUCUAUCAGAUUUAUGGCCAGAUGGUUGGCCUUAAUUUUCAAUAUAAGAAUUCUUCGGAAGUGAUUGAAAGGGGGGUUCUUUCAUUUACCAGUUACUGUUGACAUGGCAACUGGUCCAUGAUAAACCAAAGGUUGUCUCUAUAUUUUUUGUUUUGUAUUUUAAACUUGAUUUCUCAGCGGUCCAAAGGUGUUGAUAAGAGUAAAAAAUUUAAGAACCUUUUAAAAGUUGUCAUUUUCAAAAUGUAUUUUACAGAUAUCUUCAGUAGGAAUUGCUAUUGAUAAUUAUGCUUUAUUAGCUAAUUAUAAUAAUUAAUCAUUUAUUCUAUUAAUAUUUUACUAAUAACAGCUUUGCCUGAAGUUUGAUACUUUCCAUAAGUUUUUGGGGUGUAAUCCUGUUUAUUUUUUUGUACUUUUGCUUGGGAAAUGAUUCAAGCGUAUCAUAUCUGGUUGCUUUUUACAGCUGCUCGUUUGCUGAACUUUACGGAUGUUGAGGAGCUUCUGAAUUCUAGAAUAUUAUUUAGUUAUUUUCUUUUCUGCAACAAAACCAAGGAUGAAAAACCCAGGUCAGGCUACUAAAGCAAUAAAUUGAUCACAUUGGCCAAAAUAAAAAUAAGUUUUAUUUUCCUUUUGAAAUGCUAUCCAUUAUCCCUUCCUCCUUACAUUGUAUAUACAAUUGUUACCAGUCUUCCAGUUGCUACUGUAUGUAAUCCAGGUCAUCUCUGCAGAACUACACAUAGAGUAUAAAUGCAGGUGCGCUCAGAGAGAGGUGUCAAGCCAAAUGCUUUUUUUCUUCUCACUGUGUUCUGGUAACCAAAAAGCCAAAUGGAGGAUUGACAGAGCUUUCAAAUAGGCAGCCCGGUGUUGUAGCUGAAGAUCUGUUACUCCCACUGUGCCCCACUUAGAUCCUGCCAGCACCUGGGUCUUCCAAUCAUAGGUCGAGAGUGGCUGUGCCAGGAUUUGUACCCUGCAAAAACUGGGCUCUAGGAUUCAUCCUGCACUGUAGGCGGAGACUUCCACAAGAUGAAUCAGUGUGGAGACCCUGAGGCAAAUUCUUUUAUAUAUUCAUACUUUCAGUCAUUUUUCGUCACAUUCUAGCAACUGCUGCAAGGAGGAACAGAUGAGGGAUCAUAAAACACAAGACAUUGAUUCCUGAACAUGCAGUGCAGCAAGUACAAAGAAAAAUGAAUGGGAAGCUGAUGACAAAGAGAAAGAAUAUUAUUUUAAGCGCUAGGCACAUAAAACUAACCUGGCUGAAAUGUUGAAGAACAUUACGUGUUGGAUGAAUAACUUAGCAAUAGGCUUUAGGCUGACCUGUCAUCCAUGUUUUACCAAGUUAAAGUUAAACUUGUUAUAGUGUUAGCCAAUUCAUUUGUAGUUUACGAAUCCAUGCGCUUGCACAAUUAAAUUAAGCUCCAUGUAAUAGUAAUAGUCUUUGGGGAUUUUCAGUAAGCAUGUGUUAUUCAUUCUUAAUAAGCUUAGGAAACUUCUUACAGAACAAUUCAAUGCCAUACUAAUAUAUGUUUAACGGGGACUGAUUUUCAUUCUUCUCAUAUUAUUAGAAGUCCAUAGAUAACCUGGAACAUGCUCCAUUCUGCAGAAGAAAUCACCAUUGCUCAUGAAGUUCAGCUUAGGUGAUAUCUUUCAUGUAAAAUGCUAUACACCUUCUGAAUGGAUUAGCAUAUUUAUGCUGUUCACAAAGCACCAACAAAAAUGAUUUAUCAGAACAAAGCUAAUGCAUUUAUUAAUGUCCAAUUUAACUGCCAAACAUUUCUGAAAUUUUCCUUUUCAUUUUCCUUCAUUAAGCAUUCUGUGCAGCUGCCUGUGAGAAAUUCAGCAAAAGGAAAUUUAAUCAGCAGUGAGUAAGAAACUUUAAUAAGGGAAGCUGCAAAGAUUUUUUUUUGUUUCAUCUCAUUUUCUUGUUUUAGGGUGAUAAUUAAUAUGCUCUAAAAAAAAAGCUCUGCUUAUUAAAAUUUAAAUAUGCAACCUCAAUCAUUCUUAUAACGAAUCAUCUAACCUUAAAAAAUAUUCUGAUUCCUAAAAGCGAGUAACUGAAUGCACCCAUGAAUGCUGUCCUGAAAGUAAAUGCAUCAUUCUUGAACAUUGUAAAAGCUUUUAUUGACUAUUGCAUUAAUUGUGGUAUGAACAAAAUUUCAAAUGUACAUAAAAUUAAGCACAUUAAGAGCCACAUUAUAUAGUUCUACAGUAUGUUUUUGAAAAUUACACAGUUUUGCACAAUUCAUGCUUUGCAAAGUUUUUCAGACCCUGCAUGUAACCAGAGGCUGCCCACUUUGUGUCUUCUGAGGCCUGUGACAAUCAUUCCCCUCCACACACAAAUAGACAUACAGUCCUAGAUGCCUUUCAAUGAUCACUUUCCAGCUGAGUUUUCUUCUGUGGCUUGCUGAAGAAAAAGUAAAUAAGGAGGCCUUUUCACAUAAUUUUGACCUUUUAAAACUGGAAGCAUUCACCCUGACAUUUUAGAUACAUUCUGUGAUUAAUCUGUUUCUCACUUUGUGUUGAGUCUGGCAAAUUCACUCUUAUUUUUUACCAUUUUUAUGUUUGUGCUGCUAUGUAGAAUAUUAGCAUGGAUUGUAAACUUCUUCAUGCACUAUGUUUUUAGUUUUUUGGUGUGCACUUUAUAACACUAGCAGGUUUAUUAAAAGCAAUAUUGCACUUUCAGAUUAAAUUUUAAUUUAUUUUUUUUCUCAAGAUUGGUGUUCUUUCUUUACCAGGUCUGAUUUUAGCUCCCUACUUGAAAUGUAGACACCUGAAUCAGUGAUUCAGGGGAUAAUAUAAUCUUCUUGAUGUACAGAAAUGUCUUUACUGUAGUUUUUGUAAAUAUCAGCAUUGCUUUUCUGUCUGCUAAAACAGGAAACUGACUUUUCUGUUACAGUAAAGCUAAUUGUAGACUUAUAAUUUCAGUGAAAUUCAGCUUUUAGGUUACACAGAUGAACACUUUUGAAAUCUUGUCUUUGAAUCCAAUAUUCUAAAUUGCAAGUGAAGAUGUUAAGUGCAACAGAGCCAUACAGUAUAUAAAAUGUUUGGAAUCACAGAUUAAAGUUUCAGCUGUAGUUACACUAAAAUCAAAAGCAAUACGGUGUUAGUUGAACUGCUUUUUUACUCGUUUCUAACAUGUUUUUGUAACAUUAAGUUUACUAUUUUGGGGGCUACGCUGUAACUGUGGUUGGAUUGGAUUUUUUUUAUCUUCACAGUUUUAUAAUUUUAUCCUUCAUAAUUAUGAAUCAUUGUAAUUUGUUGUUGUUUUUUCUCAUGAAGGAAAGUGCUAGCAUUUGCAUGGUAAAGGCAUUAUUUUAAUGGGCUGUGUACACAGACUGAAUGUCAUAAAAAUAAUGUAAAUUUGAAUUGUUUAGUGUAUUUUUUCACAUGGAAAUACAACCUUUACACAAUUGUUUUCUUUUGUAAGCAUUUCCAUUUAAAUGAGAAAAAGACCCAUUUCCAGUUUGUUCUCAAUUAUAACCAUAUUUCAUUUGUUAUCAUGUAAAUAUUUAGCCUUAUAUUUCCAGCUUAAUGGCAUUUUGUUCAUCUCAGUUCCCAAGUAAAUUGUUAAGGAAUUAUAAUUUCUGCACUAUCAAAAAUGUUAAAGGGUACAAGUAUUGACAUUGUUGUAUUAAAGAAUUAUAUUAAAUGGCUUAGGAAGAGAAAAUAAUGCUCUAGGGUUUGCAUUUGCAGCACUAUGCAUAGUUAUACUUUGCAUAACAGAAAGCCCCUUAUUGUAGAUUUGUUAUAUUAACUCUACAAACCAUUAUUCCCAUUAUUAGUCACAGACCCUGUACAGUAACAAUAUGAAUAAAAGGCUCAUUUGAAAUCCC